AUGUUGUCACCAUUGCUGAGACUAUCACCAACGUUGAAGCCAACUGUUGUUGCUUCAAACUCUGUUGGACGCUUUGCAAUCUCUGCAUUGAGAUUGAAUAACAACAACAAUGUUGGCAGCAGCAACAGCAGCAGCAACAGCAAUAUAUCAAAUAUUAUUGGAAAUGUGACAGCCGAGUCAAUGAGAUCAUCACAAUCACCGAUGAUCACAUCCACUUUGCCAUUCUCACUCACUCAGGCCAACUAUCUAAAGGACUAUCAACUCUACAGUUUCAGCAGUCGCGAUUCAAAUGCAAGAUUCUAUUCCACUGGUGUGGAGCAACAGCAGCCUCCAAAGCAACAGCAGCAACAGAAGGAGGAGCAGAAGGAUCAGAAACAGGAGCAACAGCAACAACAGGAUCAAGAAGGACAGACUGAGACAGUCAAGAAGCCAUUCUCAUUCACAAGGACCAUCCUCAUGCUCUCUGGUGCUGCCUUCAUCUCUUCAUUCGCCUACCUCUCAUACAAUGGUCGCGACAUCAAGUUUGAAUAUUUGAAACGUAUUCCAUUCAGAUUCACAUCACAUAUCUGGGGCAAGAUUGCUAAUAUUCACUUGCCAAUGUCAUUGAGAGAACCAAUUUAUGGAACUUAUUCAAGGUUGUUUGGAGUCAAGAUCGAUGAGGCUGAGAAGCCAAUGAAGGAGUAUCCAUGUCUGGCAGAGUUCUUUUGCCGACGACUAAAGCCAGGCGCAAGACACAUUGACUACAAGGCACCACUGACCAGUCCAGUCGACGGCAAGGUCAUCUAUUAUGGCGAGGUCAACGACGACACGCUGGAGCAGGUCAAGGGCAUCUCAUACUCGCUGCGCCAAUUCCUGGGCGAUGACGAGAUGAAGACACUCAAGGACAAGAACCUGUAUCACGUCGGCAUCUACCUGUCGCCUGGCGACUACCACGGCAUCCACAGUCCAUGCGAGUGGACCAUAGACAACAGAUACCACUAUCCAGGCUACCUCUUCCCCGUUGCCAAAUUCGCCGUUGACAACAUCAAAGGACUCUUUGCACUCAAUGAGCGUGUCGUCCUCGGAGGUCGUUGGAAGCAUGGAUACUUCUCGCUCACUCCAGUUGGUGCAUCCAAUGUUGGUACCAUUGUAAUGGACUUUGAUAAGGAGUUGAUGACGAAUGAUCAAAAGGACAAGGCAACUGGAACUUAUUAUUAUCAUAGAUCAUUCAGCAGACCUAUUCAACAGAAGAAGGGAGAGGAGUUGGCAUUCUUCAAGAUGGGUUCGACAGUGGUGAUGAUAUUCGAAGUGCCAAAGAACCAAAAGUUUGAAUUCAAUCUAACUCCAGGUCAAACUGUUAUACUUGGAGAGAGUAUUGGUGAGAUUGUCAAGAAGUAA